AUGAAGUUCCUUGCCUCUCUUGCCCUGUUGGCGUCUACUGUGGCUGCUGGCCCGGUGCUGUACCCCCGCCAGUCCAGCAACUCCACCCAAUCCUUCUACCUGAAGACCUCGGGCGCUACCAACGACGACCACAACAACCUCUACAUUUAUGCCUACCACACCGGUGCGGGAUUUAACGAUGCCGUGCUGACCUCGGACGUCGGAACGGCCAGCCCGGCCUUCCUGAACGGCACCCACACCCAGUUCGACCUGGGCACUUCUUUCCCCUGGGGAUUCAAGAUGGGCGUCCAGAACAACUAUGCAGCAUGGGAGUCCGUUCAGAUCAAUGUUGGAUACGGCGAUGAUGACUUCUCCAUUGGUUCUACCGGUCUGGAGUGGUCGGCACAGGAUGGCUUUGGAGGCUGGCUAGUGUGCGACUGGUACCACAACGCACCCCAGCUCUUCUACAUCUACCGCUAUGAGGAGCCCACUAUUCCGGAUUCCUGCAGCACUGUCGACCUGACGCCCGAAUACACUUCCUAAAGACACGACGUCUAGACCUCGCCACAGUGCCUUAACAGGGGCUCUAUGACGAGGGUGGCGUGACUGAUGAAUCAUGAGACCGAAGGAUCUGGGAGGAUAUGCGCCUCUCCCAGCCUGAGAGUGAAUGCACACUGUAACAAUACGCCUGUUAAAUGAUCGACCCUUACUAAUGUUAAUAUACUUAAUGAUGAGUGUGAAUGAGUUUUGAUGACCGGGGAGCAAGGUGAUCUAUCUAUACGCGAAGCGUGGCAUGUUGCAUAGUCAGGAAUAUCUGGUUUAGAUAAUCUCACGUAAAUACAUGCAUUUAUACUAUCUUUUUAUCUCUAAUCUUCAUGAUUGACAGGAG